AUGGGCAAGAAAAUUGUAUUUAAUAUAAGCAGUGAUUUCCAAUUAAAGGCAUUAUUAGGCGAGGGUGCAUAUGGUAUAGUUUGUAGCGCAAUCCACAAACCAACAGGAGAACUAGUAGCCAUUAAAAAAAUCGAACCAUUUUCAAAACCGUUAUUCAGUUUACGUACGCUAAGGGAAAUCAAAAUAUUAAAACAAUUCCGACAUGAGAAUAUCAUUUCUAUAUUUGAUAUACAGAAACCAUCGAGUUUUGAAGAAUUUAAUGAAGUUUACAUAAUCCAAGAGUUGAUGCAAACUGAUUUGCAUAAGGUGAUUUGUACACAAACCUUAAGUGACGAUCACAUCCAAUAUUUCACAUAUCAAAUCUUGAGAGCAUUAAAAACACUCCACGGCAGUAAUAUCAUUCACAGAGAUUUGAAACCGUCCAAUUUAUUAAUCAACUCCAAUUGCGAUCUUAAAGUUUGCGAUUUCGGCUUAGCAAGAAUAGAUGGUAGUGAUAGUAGGGUCAAUACUGAUGAGUUGAAUAUGAAUAUGACAGAAUAUGUUGCCACUAGAUGGUAUAGAGCACCAGAAGUUAUGUUAACCGCAUCCCAAUAUAGUAAAUCGAUAGAUAUCUGGUCAUGUGGGUGCAUCUUGGCCGAGUUAUUUUUAAAAAGACCAUUGUUCCCGGGGAAGGAUUACAGACAUCAAUUACUAUUAAUGUUUGAAGUGUUGGGGACACCGAGAGGCGAAACGUUAUUGAAAAUACCAAGUAAAAGAGCUAGGGAAUACAUUGGUAGCUUACCACAGUACAAUCCAAUUGAUUGGAUGGAAAUACUACCCAAAAAUGUGAAUCCUAUGGGUAUUGAUCUAUUGGCCAGAAUGCUAUGUUUUGACGCUGACAAAAGAAUAUCAGCAACUGAUGCAUUGAAACAUCCGUACUUGGCUAAUUAUCAUGAUCCAAAUGACGAACCUGAUGGGCACCCAAUAUCUAGUGAUUUUUUUGAAUUUGACUACUUUAAAGAUCGGUUAAGUACGAAAGAUUUGAAGAAGCUCUUAUGGAACGAAAUAUUUAACUAA